CCCGCCCCUAAAGUGGGAGCUGAAAAGGAACGUCAUUUGCCUCGUCCAUUUAGCUUUAGCCUCAAAUUAGCUUGACUUUUAAAAUCUUAAACGUAUUCUCUCAAGUAGAGCCGUUCUUUCUCUUAGCCAGCAACCUCGGACAGCGUUAACAAUUUGUGUUCUUUGUGUUCACGAUAGGAAACAUGUAUCUAAAGGCCUCAUUGCGAUGCAGGGACAUGCUAAAGGGAGAAUUCGUCGUGUGAAAUGCUGGCUAGCCUACGAGCAGGGGCCAAAAACCGAAAGUGGCUAACAGCACCGAGCAAUUUCCCACCACUCAUCACCAGCAAACCUGUGGGCUUUCUCACAUCUGCAGUAGGCACCCGAAGGUGGACAGACUGAAACGGUGCCUUUCCUACAACGAAGCAGGGGCUCCGUCUGUCUAAGGCCGAGGCAUGGGAGCGUUUCUGGACAAACCCAAAACGGAGAAGCACAACUCUCAUGGCGAGGGGAACGGACUGCGCUACGGGUUGAGCUCCAUGCAGGGCUGGCGGGUGGAGAUGGAGGAUGCUCACACGGCUGUGCUGGGACUUCAGGCUCCCGGCAUGACCGAUUGGUCUUUCUUCGCCGUGUACGACGGCCACGCUGGAUCCAGGGUCGCCACCUACUGCUCGAAGCACCUUCUCGAACACAUAAUCACUGCGAGCGUAGGCACUGGCGGCAAACAAGGCUCGCAAGUCGGACCAGACGGUUGCAGCUCUGACUCUCAAGCUCUUUCUCCUCCCGCUGUGGGGGCCGUGAAAGCUGGCAUCCGCACGGGCUUCCUGAGGAUCGACGAGCACAUGCGCAGCUUCUCCGACCUCCGGAACGGCAUGGACCGCAGUGGCUCAACGGCGGUGGGGAUUCUCCUGUCGCCAGAGCACUUUUUCUUUAUUAACUGCGGGGAUUCCCGAGCCGUUCUGUACCGCAACUCGCAGGUGUGCUUCUCUACGCUCGACCACAAGCCUUGCAACCCCCGCGAGAGGGAGCGCAUCCAGAACGCGGGAGGCUCGGUAAUGAUCCAGAGAGUUAACGGGUCCUUGGCGGUCUCGAGAGCUUUGGGGGACUAUGAUUACAAGUGUGUGGAUGGCAAGGGCCCCACGGAGCAGCUGGUUAGCCCUGAACCGGAAGUGUACGUGAUGGUUCGGGCGCCGGAACAAGAUCAGUUCAUUAUUCUGGCUUGUGAUGGCAUCUGGGAUGUCAUGUCCAAUGAGGAAUUGUGUGAAUUUGUGAAAUCUAGACUAGAGGUGUGUGAUGACCUGGAGAGGGUCUGUAACGAAGUGGUGGAUACCUGCCUGCACAAGGGAAGUCGAGAUAACAUGAGUAUUGUUUUAGUCUGUUUGCCCAAUGCUCCCAAAGUAUCCGAGGAAGCUGUGAGGAGAGAAGCUGAGGUCAACAAAUAUCUGGAGGCUCGAGUGGAAGAAAUGCUGUCUCGGCCCCGAGAAGACGCUUUUCCGGAUCUGGUGACGGUGAUGAGGAACCUGGCCUCCGACAGCGGGAUGCCCCCUCUACCACCAGGGGGCGGACUCGCUAGCAAACGCAGUGUUAUCGAAGCAGUAUACAACCGUCUGAAUCCUUACAAGGAGGAAGAUGGCCCCUCCUGUUUCAUUUGAGCGGAGCAGAUUUGGAGUGCCACUGGUAGCUGUCCAGUGCAACCGCCUGAUACAAAACACUCCACAGGACCACUAUUCCACAUGAGAUUGCAUCCUAACUCAUCUUUUAAUUUUUCACCUGAGAGAAUAAUUAUUAUAAUCCUCACCCAACGUGGAGGACUACAAAUGGAUUAGGAUUGCCUUUUUUUUUUUUGUAAACUAGCAAACUGCACUACAGACAUACACGUACAAUACAAAAUCCAGUAGAAAGUCAAGAAAGCACAGUUCGGUUUUUUUGUUCGGUUUCAUUUCUGUUGGUUGUUUUUGUUGUGGAUUGACAGAUAUACGGGAGCAGCUCUGCUCUGACGGCUCUGGGACUUUAUGGUGCCUUCCAGAGACCUGAGAGAAGAAGAGGGGACCUCACACCUCCACCGGCUGGCCGCCAUUACAGAAAACCAGCCCCUCACACGUCUGUAUGAGACCGAGGACGCUUCAGUGGUUGUUGUGGCAUUGUUUGUUUUCAAAGUGUUUUUCGACCACACAAACUCCGCAACCGCCACAUAAGCUACUACGCCGUCCCGGGAAAGUUGUCUGCGCUUUCUCCAAUGUUACGGUCAUGAAACUCCACCAACAACAUCCAAAGACUUCUGGGUAAAAAUCCUCCAAACGGAUCCUGACAGCGGGUCACCUGAGGCUCCACACUAUAACACGAGAGUGUGUGUGUGUGUGUGUUCCCGUCUUGGUUUGAGCUGUGGCUCCUGAGACGGGCGGGUAUGCUUCUCCACACAUGAACUCCAGUGUGACUCUUCUUGCACGUCUCUACUCACCGUCUCUACUCUUGCCUGCUAAUGGAUGCAACAGUUUAUAAUUUCCCUCCUUCUGCUACUUCUCUUUGCUUCCUGUCUUCUCCGGUAAAAACAGUCUGCAGUGCAUUGGUAAACCUCGCCAGAAUCAUAAGCUUUAGAGCCUGCUCUUCUUUAAAGGAAUAGAGAUAGAUAUUAUAAAAUUCAUAUAUAUAUCUAUAUAUAUAUAUAGAUAUAUAUAUACAUAAACAUUUUCUUUGUUGCUUUGGUUGCAUUUCUUAUCCUGGUAUUCAUUGUGGCCUAAUAUGUUUUUGAUCAUUUCUGCGUGUGUGUGUUUAAGCUUCGAUAUAUCAAUGAAAGAACAGAAACAUUAAGAUUAGGCGUGCACAGGUGUUGCUCCAACACAAAAGCCUUCCAAUUAAAGGGUUUAGAGAUGAAGACAUUCCAGUUUCACCUUCCUCCUCUUUGCCUUUUUAUCCACAACACAUGGGCAAAUACACACACUCAUGCUCAUGCUACAGCUUGCCUUUCUAUCCAUCUCUUAAAUAACUUCUCUGGAGGGUAAAAAAAAAGCCUUUUUGUUUUACCUGAAAACAUUGUCAUUUUUUUUUUUUUACUUACAUUUUUCUGUGAUGAUUUUUUUUCUUUUGAGGGGAUUAAAUGAGUUGUGAUUCUGUUGCUUUAUGGAUCAAUGAAACCUAAAGAGGAACAUGAAACAUAACGGGAGAAGGCGAGUUUUUCUUUUUGGGUGAUUGAAGUAAAGGAGCCUAUGUGGACUUGGAGUCAUAUAUUUCUUUUUUUUUUUUUUUUUUUUUUUCAUUAAAGCUAUCUUUGGAUGUAUGUGUUCCAGAAACAAAAUCGAAGUAAAGCAUCUUGGCUUUA